UCGUAGGGUUUUUGUUUUGUUUUAAUUAAUUAUAAAUAAAAACAAACACACUGUUGGUGGUUGCUGCACUUCACUUGUCUGUCCAAUAAUGGUAGCCUACUGCUGUGUAAAAGGUUGCAGUAAUAACAGCAGCAAUAAGAAGAAAGACCCCAAUGAUAUGACUUCGUUUCACGCCUUCCCAUCAAACAUAGAACUAAAACAAAAAUGGCUAAAAGCUAUCGGGAGGCCAGACUGGGUGCCACCGACCUAUGCCCGGAUUUGCAGUGGACACUUCAGUUAUGAGCAAAUUAACCAUGAUGGGCGGAGGAUACGGAUUAAAGAUGAUGCUCUUCCUGUCAAGGAUUUACCUGCCAACUCUAACUUUGAAGCUUCUGAUGUGGAAGUCUGCAGGUUUUGUCUGGCCAGCGAGGUGCGUCUGUACAGUCUUCUGGAAGGAGUACACCGGAUAUACUUGGAGUCCUUAGCAGGUUAUAAUGAGAACUACAAUAUUGAAGGUCUCCCUCAGUUUAUUUGCUAUGAAUGUGCAGCUCACCUGAAGAAAUGUUACAAUUUAUUAGAAAAGAGUCUGACUGUGCAAGCCACUCUACUAGACAUUUUUGCACAAUAUGGAAAGAUCACAAUAAACCUUAUUAAUACAAAAAAUCGCAAGGAGCUGAACUUGUCUUCGCCAUUAAGCAUACAAGACAUAAAAACAACUUAUGAACGCAAACACUACAAUGAUUUGGAAAACAAUGAAAAUCACAUUGAAAAUAAACUUCAAACAAAUGACUGUUACCUAAGUGUUCCUAAAUUAGAAGUUACAGAUUUAAUGACAAAUCCUGAAGAGAUUAAAGGUAGUAAGAAUGAUGAAGUUCUUAUUGAAGAUGAUGAUAGAUCAAACCCUUUUGAUGAUGAAUUUAGUAAUUCUGAUCCAGGUUUGGAUGACGAAAUUAAAUUGGAACAAGAAAACAAAACACUGGAUAAAGUACCUAAACGGACGAGAGUAACUAAAGCAACUAUGAGAACAAGACUGACGCCUGACGAAUGCACCAUGCUACAGUAUUUCGAUGUCAAGUUUUUGACGUCAGAAGAACAAAAAGAAGAAUGGAGAAAAUCGCAAGAGAGCAAGGAAUUUAGUGGAGAAACUGUAAAAUGUGACAUAUGCUCGAAAGUGUUUGCUCACCACAACAGCUAUAAACUGCAUACACAGGGCCAUGAUCCUAGUCGCGGGAACGCCGAGUGUCCCGUGUGCAAGCUCCGUUUCAAGAGCGAGACGCUAGCGAAUUCGCACGUUAUGCGCGCUCAUGUCAAGAAGUUUUACUGCAAGUUAUGUCCGAAGGCCUUCAACAAUGUCGGCGUAGCAAAGAAGCACCACAAAUGGCACUCCGGCUACACAUACAAAUGCAGCCAUAGCCACUGUUCGUUCUCGAGCUUGCACGGGUCGGCGCUCGGCGCGCACCAGCGCGCGCGGCAUGGCGGCGCGCACGCCUGCGCGCGCUGCGGCCGCGCCUGCGCCAGCCUGAGGGGGCUGCGGCUGCACGAGACCACUGUGCACCGAGACGUUCUAGAAGAGUCUGAAGAUUCAAAAUACAGAUGUGAGCAGUGUAACCUCGACUUUAAGUCUGAAGGGGCGAGGCGGGUCCAUAUUCUCACGUCCAAGCAACACAAGAAGAAAACUAAUUUAUGUGAGACAACACCGCAACAGCAGAGCCUUAAAACUACUUGUAAUAAAUGCGGCAUAGAGUGUCCCACGCUCAAGGCGCUAAUAGAGCACAGAAGAGCAGAACACAGAAGGACCAAGAAGAAGACCAGCUGGAGUCUGCCGGGAGACUCUUACCCCACGAAGUGUGAUGAUUGCGAAACCGUGGUGUCUAAUCGCGCCGAACAUUGGCGCCACGUUCGCAACACGCACCCCGCGCAGCGCUCAACGUAUCAGCCUGUAGUGACGGCUGUCUGCGACACUUGCGGGAAAGGCUUCCAGAACUCCACAAAACUGGCUCUUCACGUACUUCGCCACAGCGCGCCGUCCGUACGAUGUCCGCACUGCCCGCGCGUGUUAUACGACAAGUACGCGUUAGCGCGCCACGUCGCGUCACACGCUCCUACGCGUCCGUACCGCUGUAAACUGUGUCCGAGGGCAUUUAAACAAAAGGCUAAUCUUGACAGACAUGAAAGGGUGCACACCGGCGUAACUCCGUACGAGUGUUCGAUGUGCGGCAAUAAGUUCAAAUACUCGACUAGUAUGAAUCUGCACGUGCGGACUGUUCAUUACAAGUUACCCCACCUUCCGAGGAAGAAGAAGAGCAAGGAUGGAAGUGAUAAUUUAGCAGGAAUAAUUAAAUAAGUAAAACAAA